CCACCAGAAUGUUGCAUUCGAUUUUCUAUCUUAUGCACAAUAAUUGAAAGACUCUUGUGGUGUCAAAAAUGGGGCACACGCCUUCACUAGCCAACCCUAACCUAAAAAACUGUUGGUAAACAAGUCAGCUGAGUGUUUUCGAUUUCCAAAAUCCAAAUCAUGUAGAAGCCAAAAAUUGGAUAAAAAUGAAGCGAGAACGCACUGGAGACAACUGCCGGCCGUUUAAAUUAGCCCACCAAAUUGUUAGCCUUACAGGGAUAAGCUUUGAAAGGAAAAGCAUUAUUGGGUUUGUGGAAUUGACCGUGGUACCCCUCCGCGACAACCUCCGACACAUCAGAUUAAAUGCAAAGCAGUGUCGCAUUUACAGAAUAAUACUAAAUGAUGACUAUGAGGCCCACUUUCAGUAUUUUGAUCCGUUUUUGGACGUUUGCCAGUCGGACACAGACACUCGUAGCUUGGAGACUUUUUCCACCCAUCACUUAAACGCAGCGCUUAAAGUAGAUCCUGAUAAUAACGCCGGGGAGCUUGUGGUAACGAUUCCUCCUGAAGCUUCUCACUUGGUGGCUGAAGGCACAGCGUUACGAGUUGGUAUAGAGUUCUCUUUGGAGCAACCCCAAGGGGGCAUCCAUUUUGUAUUGCCACCCAAAGAAGGAACAUAUGCUGAGAGAGGUGUCCAUUUAUUCACUUAUGGACACCAGAAUUCUUCCCGCUUAUGGUUUCCUUGUGUGGACAGUUUUGCAGAGACUUGUACAUGGAAACUUGAGUUUACAGUGGACGACGAAAUGACAGCUGUCUCAAAUGGGGAUUUAAUAGAGGUUGUAUAUACCCCUGAUAUGAGGCGGAAAACUUAUCAUUAUUCGUUAAAUAUACCAACUUGUGCACCAAAUAUUUCAUUAGCAGUUGGUCCUUUUGAGAUAUAUGUAGAUCCGUACAUGCAUGAAGUGACCCAUUUUUGUUUACCUGGGUUGUUGCCGCUUCUGAAAGUCACUACUCGAUAUAUGCAUGAAGCUUUCGAGUUUUAUGAAGAGACAUUGUCAAAUAGAUAUCCGUACUCCUGUUACAAACAAGUUUUCGUGGAUGAAACUCAUGAAGAUUAUCGUUCUUACGCCACCAUGAGCAUUAUAAGUGUAAAUUUGUUACAUUCAGCUGUGAUUAUUGACCAAGUGUAUAUCACGAGGACUAUAAUGGCCCAGGCCAUAGCCGAACAAUUUUUUGGAUGCUUCAUUUCCAUGCAGAAUUGGUCAGACAUGUGGCUUAACAAAGGCAUAAGCCAGUACUUGUGUGGUUUGUACUCCAAGAAGAGUUUUGGUAACAAUGAGUAUCGUUACUGGGUGCAGAGUGUGCUCCAAGAUGUCGUCAAAUAUGAAGAGCAAUUCGGUGGAAUUGUCCUUGACCCGAGCCAGCCCCCAGCGCCGCUCCCCCUCGGAUCAAACACAGUCCAACAAAACAUAAAACACAACGAAGAAAAAUUUUAUUUUUCGAUACGAAAUUUGCACACUUUGUCGCCCAUGUAUAUACAGGCGCUUCACAAAAAAGCCUUUUUAGUAAUGCGGAUGUUGGAACACAGGAUUGGCCAAGAGUUACUGUUGCAGGUUUUCAAUAAGCAACUCUCAUUGGCUGGGAAUGCCGCACAACAAAAAAUUGGGAGUGGCUUGUGGGGCCACAUGUUGAUAAGUACCAAUGUUUUCACGAAAGCGAUUUUUACAGUCACGGGGAAGGAUAUGGCGGUUUUUAUUGACCAAUGGGUGCGUACUGGAGGACAUGCCAAGUUUCACUUGACUUCAGUUUUUAAUAGAAAAAGGAAUACUAUUGAACUGGAGAUACGCCAGGAUGCUACAACUCAGUUGGGUAUUAAAAAGUACGUGGGACCUCUACUAGUGACGCUGCAGGAGUUGGACGGAACGUUCAAACAUAUGUUGCAAAUUGAAAAUACUGUGGUCAAGGCGGAUAUUACGUGUCACUCGAAAAGUCGCAGAAAUAAGAAGAAAAAGAUUCCUUUGUGUACAGGAGAUGAGGUGGAUAUGGAUUUGAGCGCUAUGGACGACUCUCCAGCCCUCUGGAUCCGCCUAGACCCCGAGAUGACCCUCCUCCGCUCCGUGGUGAUCGAGCAACCCGACUACCAAUGGCAGUACCAACUUCGCCACGAACGUGACGUCACGGCCCAAAUGGAAGCCAUCAACGCGCUCGAGCGCUACCCCACCCCGGCCACCAGACUCGCCCUAACCGACACCAUCGAAAACGAACAAUGCUACUACAAAGUACGACGUCGUGCGGCUCACUGUUUAACGAAAGUGGCAAACGCUAUGGUGGCUAAUUGGGCCGGACCGCCCGCUAUGUUGGCCAUUUUUCGCAAAUUGUUCGGGUCUUUUGCCGCUCCGCAUAUCAUUCGACAGAACAGUUUCACGAACUUUCAGCAUUACCACUUGCAGAAGACCAUUCCGCUGGCGAUGGCGGGGUUGAGGAACGCACAUGGCAUUUGUCCACCGGAUGUCAUACGGUUUUUGUUGGACUUGUUCAAGUAUAACGAUAACUCGAAGAAUCGGUAUUCGGAUAAUUAUUAUAGGGCGGCUCUGGUGGAGGCGCUGGGGAGCACGGUCACUCCUGUCGUGUCGGUUAUACACCAGGGGGCGCCCAUAACGGCGGAGAGUUUGAGCACCGACACGAAGGCGAUUUUGGAGGAGGUGACUAGGAUGCUGAAUUUGGAGAAGGCGUUGCCGUGUUAUAAAUAUACGGUGUCGGUGGCGUGCUUGAAAACCAUUAGGAAGUUGCAGAAGUUUGGGCAUUUGCCGAGUAGGCCGACGGUUUUCAAGAGUUAUGCCGCUUACGGCCAUUUUAUUGAUGUCAGGUUGGCGGCUUUGGAGUGUUUGGUGGAUUUCGUUCGAGCGGACGGACGCUUGAGUGACCUCCUAGACAUUUUGGAUAUACUCGAGAAUGACCCGGAUCCAGGGCUCCGACAUAAAUUGGCAGAAUUGCUAAUUAAAAAUCCGCCUUUUAAGAGGGCGUAUCGGGAAAGACUGGACGUUCCGGAUUUGGUGGAGCGAAUUUGGACAAACAUUAACGGGAUGUUGUCCCAUGACACAAGGUUGCGCUGCGACCUGGUGGACGUUUACUACACCCUCUAUGGGAGUAAACGGCCGGUCUGCCUUCCCAUUCCAGAGCUUGCCGGUCUUAUGCACCCACAAAAAGUGGACGUUAAAAAAUCAACACCCCAUAUCCCCAAACUGCUUCCGAAUCCGGAAAUUAAACACUCUCCUAAUCCUAAGGAUACUUCAACGUCUAUAAUAAUAGACGAUAAUCUAGAGUGCAUGAACGUGGAGGUGGUAGCAAGCGAUGGAGUGAAGGACGAACCAAUGGAUAUGCAAAUUGAGCCUCCCCGGCCGAUGCCCAAGCAGGAGUAUUUUUCGGACAAUUCGGUGUCUUUACCGGGGAUGGGUCAGAGUGGUCCUGUGGGAUUCGAGCCGGGAAUGUUUAAAAAGGACGGGGAUUCGAAGCAUAAGUCAGAUUCGGGGAAGCUUAAGAAAAAGAAGAAGGAUAAGAAGAAGCACAAACAUAAACAUAAGCACAAACACGACCACAAACAUAACAAAGAUAAGGAGAAGAAAGAGAAGGAUCCGAAUAAGAGGGUGAAGGAGGAGACUCUGAGUUCGGUUAGUUCUACGCCGAGUCCGAAUCCGACAUCCAUCGGGGGUGAAUCACUUUAAUUUUAUAAUGUAUUUUUUAUUUUGAGUUGAGAUACUAACUAUAUUAAAUGGUAAGGAUGA